AUGCCCGGAAGUAAACAAUGUACCACAUGUAACAAAGGUGGUUUCAUUAUGUUGUGUGAUCGAUGUCAACAGACAUUCUGUGAUAAACACAUCAAUGAUCAUCGACAGCAGUCGCCUCAUCAAUUAGAUAAUAUUCUUCAAGAACAUGACUUAAUUCAAGAUGAACUCAAACAUUCGUCCACAAAACAUUCGUUAUUUAAAAGCAUCGAUCAAUGGGAAAAAGAAUCCAUUGUUAAAAUACAAACCACAGCCGAAAAAACUCGAAAUGAACUACGACAAAUGAUCGAGGAAGCAAAAGAACGAUUGGCAUCAGCAUGUCGUGAAGUCGUCGAGAAUCUUCAAGCGGCCCGCGAAGCUCGACAGUUCUGCGAGAAUGAUCUUCAUCGAUCAAUGCAACAUUUACAACAACUGAAGACAAAAAUUGCUUCGCCAUUAUCUGUUGAAUUAAUCGAAAAUAAAAAUUCGGUCAUACAUUUGAUUGGUGUCAAGGGAACUGACUUCCUGCAUAAAGUAUUGGAGCAAACAAAGACCUAUUCCGUUACGAAACGUUUGCCACUAACAACACCGGGUAUCCAAGAAAAGUUUUCCAAGGCCAUCGGUCCGGCAGUGAUCAGCGAAGAAGGUUUUCUUGUCCGACAUCACGGCCAAAGUUCUACCUUUGCAUACAUCCUCGGUGAACAACUCUAUUCCAAAGGUCAACAUACCAUUCGUUUCAAAAUCGAACAAAGUCAAGUGCCUUACAACAUCUUUUUCGGUUGCAUCUCAUCUCAAGUAAAUUCGACUCAGAUUCAUCAUGAUUCACCUUGGGUAGCCGGAUGGUUUGGCUAUAACGAAGUUCAUCAUCAUGGUACGACUGAAAAAAACGUGCAAAUGCACGGUUAUGAUAGCGAUAAAAUUGAAACGUACGAUGUUUUAUCAUUGAUACUCAAUUGCGAUCAACGACAAAUCGAACUGUACCCCGAACGUUUGAAGAAAAUACACGAAUUAGCAAUUAAUAUAGAUGAAGCACCUUUACCAUGGCAACUCAUCGUCAUAUUAACAUAUAAAAACGAUUCGGUCAGGAUUUUACAUAAUGCUUAG